UUGGUUUUGAAAUUAUCACCUUAUAGGGAAAACUAAAAACAAGUGAAUGUCUAAUAAGAAUACUGAUAUAGCUAAAGAAGCUUCUAAUUUUAUUACUAUCGAAGAAAUGGAGAAAAAAAAACUUCAUAAUGUAAAUGAGGAUACAAAGUUACAUUCUAAGGGCAACAAAACAUUUGUUAAUAAAAAUAAAAAAUAUAGAGGGAGAGAAAACAAAGAAAAUCUUGUGCUAAAUGCAUGUAACAUAGGAAACUUAGAUAUAAUUGAAAAGUAUCUUAAUGAUCAUGAUGUGAAUAAUUUUUUAAAUACCGGUUGGACUUUACUUUUACAUGCUGCAUCAUCUUGUAACGUAAAAAUUGUUGAAUACCUUCUGACACAUGGAGCUAAUGCUAAUUUACAUAAAGAUGGAUUUACACCAUUAAUGGCAUUAUGUAGUUCUACAAAAGGAAAAAUAGAAGAUUGUUUAAGCUGUUUAUUUCUGUUAAUUGAAGCAUCAAAUAAUGUAGAUGCAACUAAUAAUCAAAAGCUAACAGCUUUAAUGUAUGCUUGUAAAACAAACAAAAUAGAAAUAGUGAGGGAACUAAUAAAAUAUACCAAAAAUAUUAAUGCUUAUGAUAGUGAUGGUUAUACUGCUUUGAUGUAUGCUGUCUUAAGCAAUGAAGUUGAAAUAGUAAAAUUACUUUUGGACAAUCAAGCUGAUGUCACAAUUAAAAAUAAUCAUUAUGAAACUGCUAAAGACAUAGCAAAUUUAAAAGGAUAUGAGGAGAUCUUAUCAUUAUUACCCAGUGAAAAUGAUGUAUCAACUACAUAUGAAUUAUCUAGAAUGGAUGAAUGGAAACAUAUGUUUCAUAGAUUGUCUCCUAAUCAAAAUCAAGUUGUUAAGUGUGAUAUAUCAGAUAUUUUGUAUGGAAUGGGAUUACGAAAUUAUACUAAUCUUUUUCAAGGAAUGGAGCUUCAAACAUUUUUACAGUUAACUGAAAAAGAUCUGAUAAAUUUAAAAAUGGAUAUUAGUAUUCACAGAGAUCGAUUUUUAAAAGAUUUAUAUAAAUUUCAUGGUAAAACAUGGAAAAUGCAGACCAUAGGGACUGUUAGUUCAUCUAAUUCUUACACAUUUUAUGAUGGGAUUGUAUCCAUGGGUAUUAUUGCAAAACAAGUUUUAGUUAUGACUUCUACUUUUCAUUAUAUAAAAAAAAAUAUAAAUAAUGAUCCUCCUGAAGUUAUGUUUGGCAAUAAUAUACAAAUAUCUAAAUAUCUAAGAUCAAUUAAAAAUGUUGAAGAGGCACUUGCAAAUAUGAAACAAAAACUUUUGCAAGUAAAAACUCUUGUAAAGAAGAUGAACGUACAAAAUACUUUAAACGAACCUCCGUGUCAUAUCGGUUCAAAAACGGCCAAAAAUUUUUAUUUUAAACCUAUAAUAUUGAGUAUACUAUUAGUAUGUGGAAUAUAUUUAACUAGAGUAUGAGUUUAUAAAUAAAGAAC